GGGCCCUUCUACCGAAUAAACCCCAGCUCGCUGCUUGCAGCAUCCUCAGUUCAUCAUCUCCCUCCCCCGUCUCGCGCUCGCGCACGAACACACGCCCCCCGCACGCGCAGUAGCCAUUAACGCGUGCUCGUAGCAUUCCCUGCUUCUGCUUCCCUAGUCUUCUCGAAGCUUCAUCGCCAUGGCGGACCAGCUCAGUGACGACCAGAUAGCAGAGUUCAAGGAGGCCUUCAGCCUCUUCGACAAGGACGGCGACGGUUUCCAUCCGAUCAGUCGACGUUGGCUGUUUCAUGCCAGAUCUAUCAUGCGCCGCCGCGCUUAGGAUUAGUGUCGCCAUGAAGCGCUUGUCUUAGUGGAAGGCUGGCUCUGAAAUUCAGCUGUCUUGAUGCACGGGUGUUGGGGUUGGGCAUAGCGAUUGCCGGAUCCAUGGAAGAUCUGCUUUAUGAGCAUUUCCAGCGUACCUAUAAGAGCUUUCUAAGUUCGUCUGUCAGCUGCCGCUUGGUUUUUAAUAGCUAAUAGCUGUGCGGACAUGCGGUUUACUUUGUUAUUUGAUUCAUGGAAUCAGAUUCUAGUUCAGUCAUAUCACAAAGUAAAAAAAAAGGUAGAAGAAUAAAGUGAUGUUGGGAGAGAAUCCGAACCUAACAUGAACCGGUGAGCCAUGUUGGCAUACAAUAGAACAGAGCAUGCUUUUGUAAAUCAAGUGAUGGCAGAACGAGUAGUCAGCACAGCAAUGUUUUUCAUAAGCUUUUUAGAUGGCAGAAUGGUGAACCUCACAGUGUGUUUUUUUUUUUGAUAGAACGGUGGACUAAUCACACUGCUAUUUACUUUAAUCGGAAACAAAUUCGAACUUCGAAGCCUCAACAUGUCUUACUGUCUUCUAUUGACGACAAUCCAUCAUUUUUGUUUCCUUUUACUGCAAGUGUCCAAGAAAUGCAUUUGUAAUUGUAACACACAUUUUUUUCCUAAAUAAACACUUUUUAACUAGAUCUGUGACAAUCUGAUCAUUGCGUAGUAAAUGUCUUCAUAUAGAUAACUCCUUAAUAACUUAUUUUGGCUUAUAGAAAAUGAAACCAUGGAUUCCAAUUUGGGUGUGUGAUAAAACCUGGGCAAUAUGAUGUGUUCUAUGUGUUCUCGUGAUGAGAUAAUAAGAUGCAAAUCAAGUUGUUCCUUACUAGUAAUUAUCAAGUUUCCUGAUGGAAAUAAGCCUUUUCCAUUUGAUGCUGCUCAUAGUUUUUUUUAAGUCAAUUUUUUUCUACUAGCAGUAAUAGGCUGCUAAGUUCUCUGAAAGAUUGGAUCAGUAUGGUGGUUGAGACUGACAUGGUUUGCUGAAUUCGUUAAUUAUUUCUUGUGCUUUAUGAACCAAAUUGUUUGUACGAUACGGUACAGUCUUGAGCAUCAUCUAUCUGACCUUCAGUAUCCAUGCAAUUUUGUUCGGAUAUUACCUCUCUCUCUCUCUCUCUCUCUCUCUCUCUCUCUCUCUCUCUCUCUCUCUCUCUCUCUCUCUCUCUCUCCUCUCUCUGUUUCAUGCAAUGAGCCUGUUGUCCGAAAUGCCCCAGGUUGCAUCACCACCAAGGAGCUGGGGACCGUGAUGCGGUCCCUGGGCCAGAACCCCACGGAGGCGGAGCUGCAGGACAUGAUCGCCGAGGUGGACGCCGACGGCAACGGCACCGUCGACUUCCCGGAGUUCCUGAGCCUGAUGGCGCGCAGGAUGAAGGAUAGCGACUCGGAGGAGGAGCUGAAGGAGGCGUUCCGCGUGUUCGACAAGGACCAGAACGGCUUCAUCUCGGCCGCCGAGCUCCGCCACGUGAUGGCCAACCUCGGCGAGCGGCUGACCGACGCCGAGGUUGACGAGAUGGUCCGCGAGGCCGACGUGGACGGCGACGGGCGCAUCAACUUCGACGAGUUCGUCAAGGUCAUGAUGGCCAAACGAAGGAGCAAGAGGACGGAGGAGAAGCCGGCGUGCGGCAAGAAGAAGCCGGCGGGGCCGUCCGACGUCGGCAAGCGCCCCCAGAAAUGUGUCAUCCUGUGAGCUGCAGCUCCGUGUACCCGACCGUGCUCACCGUCGUGUUCCCUUCUUCCGGUUGGCUUGGCACUUGGCAGCGUGCGGAUGCUCGAUUCGACACCCCAUCUACCUGUGGGUGAACCAUGGAGCUCUGCUGCGUCGUACUCCACCCAGGGUGUGCAAACGUGUAAUACUAUCUGCUGGAAGAAAUAACGCUGUAACGUCCGUGUUGCAUUGCAUAUAGCCAUAUCCACACUGUCAUGGAAUUUGGAAAUAUAACGAGCAUCUCCAACAGUUUUUUUCUAAAUUUACUCUCUAAAUCAUUAUCUAGAGAGUCAUUCGAGUAACAAUUAUUUUUCUA